AUGGACGCCUCCAAGAUCCCCGAUUUCCUGGCCGAGCAGCAAGCCAAAGGCACGCCCGAGACGCAGACCUAUUUCCUCACGUUUGAAGACUACUGGGAGCGGAAAUUAUGGCAUCAGCUGACCGAUUCAAUGGUGGAAUUCUUCCGCAUGCCCGAAAGUGCUCCCCAGCGACUGGCGAUCUUCAAGGCCUUUGUGUUGAGCUUCGCGGACCGGAUCAAUCAGCUCAAGUUUGUAUCACUAGGGUUGAUGGCAUCGACAGAGUGUUCCGAUAAUGAAGAACGGCUCGCUUUCCUUACAGCCCUUUCCAACAAGGUCAACAAGCCCGAAUCACAAGACGCCUAUGUCUAUGCACUUGCCGAUGUUGCCAGUGUCAAGCUGCGAAUUCCAGAUCUCGACGGAGCACAGAGUGAUCUCGCGACCUGCCAGACAGUGCUGGACUCGUUCGAUUCGGUCGAGACGGUCGUACACGCAUCAUUCUACAAAGUGAAUGCGGAUUACUAUCACGCAAAGCAAGAAUUCGCAUCCUUCUACAAAAACGCCCUUCUCUACCUGGCCUGCAUUGAUCUCAAAGACCUCUCCGAAACCGAACGGGCAUCCCGCGCCUACAACCUCAGCGUCGCAGCCCUUGUAUCCGACUCCAUCUACAACUUCGGCGAGCUUCUUCUGCACCCCAUCCUCGACUCUUUGACCGAGACACCACACAACUGGCUGCGCGAUCUGCUCUUCGCCUUCAAUCGAGGCGACCUGACCGCAUACGAUGUCCUCGCCGGCAACAUCAGCAAAAACAAGUUGCUCGAGUCCCACCGCAUGUUCCUUUACCAGAAGAUCUCGCUCUCCGCAUUGACGGAGAUGGUCUUCCGACGCCCUCCGCAUGAUCGAUCCCUCUCCUUCCACGAUAUCGCGGCGGAGACCAAGGUGCAACCGGAUGAGAUUGAGCACUUGGUGAUGAAGGCGCUCUCGCUCGGAUUGUUGAAAGGCUCGAUCGACCAGGUCGCCCAGGUGGCGCAUAUCCACUGGGUGCAGCCCAAGGUGUUGGAUAUGAAGCAGAUCGAGGGAAUGCGGAACCGAUUGAAGGACUGGGAUGCGGGGGUCAAUCAGCUUGGUCACUGGAUCGAGGGUGUUGGUAAGGAUGUUUGGGCCGCCUAA